AUGCUUCUUCCCCUUCCGUAUGGAUCCAUCCAUGUUUACAAACACGUUUGUUUAUUUUAUGGACUGUAUAUUAAAACAAGGAUUGUUUUUAUUACAGGGGUAUACACAGCCAACACACAUAACAUAUACUCGAGUGGUUGCAGCAAUGAAGGAAUCAAUCUUGUAUGUCCCGACAACCACAAGAUCGCCAUCAAGCGUCUUUUCUACGGAGUGAAGAACGAUGCUAGGUGUUCAGGAAAGGGCCGCAAACAUUCAGUCGACUGCUGUCAGCCUACACACAAUGACUGUUUGGUUGUCGACGACACAAAAUACCCAUUUUUAAAUAUGCUGUGUUCGGGACAGUGGAAUUGUGAUAUUGAGGCAAAGAGUAUAGAGUCGGGAACAUCGUGUCGAGCAAAAGGAUACGGUCAAAUGACAGAUUAUAUGUCUGUUAUACAUGAUUGCAUACCAGACAAAGACAUCACAUUUCUCUGUUCAGACACUCAUAAACGCGGCAAGCUCCUAUAUCUUGCCAAUGAGAACUAUCCUAAACCAAUGGUACCUGGCAAACAGCAAUGUCAGUGCCUCAUCAAGACUGGGAACCAUGUGGGUAUUGACAUCCAUGCUCUUGACAUAAUCAUAACUCGCUCUGAAGCUGGGAACCAAUGUAACCAGGACAUCGAAUUAAGGGAUGAUGAGGGUCAUCGUAAAGAGAUAACAUGUGGUCAUCCUGGGCUCUAUGCCUUCAGAAAUAUCUAUAACAGUGAUGUUAGGUCAGUGACAUUGACCUUGAACAACAAUGCUCCUAAACCACAAGGAUAUGUCUGGAUUCAAGCUAAAGCCAAAGAAGAUAAGGACUUUGUUGAGAUAUUUUGUGGUGAAGAAAUGAGACGCCAUCUUGGAUAUCCAGUUGAUGACGCUGAAAGCCGAACAAUUGAUAAUAAAGUUCCGGAGAACAGAGAUCCGAUUGUUGAACCUACUGAUGUUGGGGGUCAUACCAACAGCUCGAGUGCAGGAACACCAAAUGUUGUCUCAGACAUGGUUUUGCUGAUAGUUGGUCUGGGAGUUGCUGUGGGAAUUGUCAUCUGCCUUGGACUUAUAGGCAUUGUCAUUCUCUGUGUCAGAAGAAGCCGUGAACAGAAAAGGCCAAGACGACUUGAGCCGCCACCCUUUCCUUCUCCAGUAUUGAAAGGCAAGGAUACAAACCAUGCAUCAAACACAUACUGUCACUAUGACUACGACGAAGACAAAUAUUGCUCAAUUAAACGAAGCCCAAUGAGAAUGACAAAGUUAUCGGAUAUGGACAGAUCGGCUGGGAAACGUCUGAAAGAAGCGUUCUCGCAAGGUGUUGCAUCAAACGAAUCAAUCAAUCAAAAUGGUUAUGUUAAUUACUUAGAACACAUGGAUCAUCUUGAUCAACUACCUCUGGAACAGAAUGAACCACUCUUAGAGAAGGUUGACGAAGUUGAUAACACGGUAGAAAGUGACGAAGAUGAGGUUAUUAUGCCAAGAUCUGAAUUUAUCACAAUCGGCAAGGCGAUACAACCACGAACUACGGAUCGUGAAAUGAUUGGAACAACUUUACCACCAAAAAAAAAAAUUAAAAAUAAAACUGUAACAUUUUCUCCUGUUGCUAUGGUAACACCACUGCCUUCAGGCUCGGAGGAAUCUGUUCCUGAAGAUUUUGUCGAUGAUCCAAAAUCUAACUACUUAGAAAUGUAUAGUAAAACAAUGCCAUCAAGGUCACCCGAUAAGGUCAAGAAAAUUAUUCUCGCACCUGGAACACAAGACGAUAUGUUUAUUGGUUCGUUUCAAGCAGCAGACUGUGAAAAUGUUACCGAGGAGGAUUUAUGGAAAGCAUUUCAUAUAAAACUUAGUGAUAAUGUCUCAUCUGAUCCUGAACUGAACCUAAAGAGGAGAGAAGUACCCAAAGUACUGGAAGAAGAGGACCCGGAUUAUGACGAAAACCCAUAUGACAAUCUCCCUUAUAUGAAUGUCGGGAGUUUACGAAGACAUAAUAAUCCUGAAGAUAAACAAAAAGAUCUUUAUAAGGAAGUGAUCAGAAGAAACUUCAGUCACGAACCAACGAUGGAAGUUAUUCCAGAAAACUGUUAAAUUUCAGAAUGAAACCGCAGAAUUCUGAUCCGACUGACUGUAGUGUGUGGUGGAAUGUUACAAUAUUAUUUUGGUAAUAUUGUCAAAAUAAUAAAGAAAUAAAUCUAAGCAAAGCUGUUGUAAGUAAACUCAUUCAAGAGGUUAGAGGGUUCAAAUCCCACUAACAUCACAGCCGUUUAUUAAAGCGCUUGUACAUUUUGUGAAAUGAGCUCUGAAAUAGUUUAAAGUUAGAUUAAACUAAUGUAAAACAAGUUUAAAGACCUUGAACUUAAAGGUUUUGGUGAAUCUCACAAUGUCUAUAUUUUUUCUUGUGAAUGUUUCAUGUACUCCCUACGGCCUUAACUCACUGUGAUUCCAGAUUUCUACAAGGGCACAUUAUGUUGUAGAACAAAUUGUACUAGACUGUGCAUACCGGUAGCUUAUUCAUUGUGUUUUUUGAUAGAACUGUGUUUUCUGUUUGUUAAGGUAGAAAUAGAUGAAGUAUUGUGGAACUAGAUGGCAUUUCUGUAUCAAUUUCAUGGGUUUUGUUCUCAUAAAAACUAAACUAACUUCAGUCUGUCUUAAGUUAGUAAAUUGAGGAUAUCAACCAAAAUUCACUAAAAACAUACUGUUUGUUAGAAAUAAAGGUCAUUUCUAUAUGGAUAAAUAGGAUGAUGUUGGCAAAAACAUGACAUUUUAAUGCUGCAAAAGGCCGAUUUUAAUUAACAAAAAAAAUUAAAUAAAUUGAACAGAACUUACUGACAUGGUGCUUUGAACUUCUAAUAGUAAACUACUGGAAAGGAGCCUGCCAGUGUGUUAGUAUCUCCAUGUAAGUCUAGCCAGAAGCCAGGAAAAACAAAUCUUCCUUUACUGUCACUGACAUCAAAAGUAACAUUUUCUAACAAAACAUGGAAAUGUAGGAGAAUAACCUGAAAAAGACAGAAUAAGGUAUUAAAGGGUAACUGUGCAAUAUAGUUGGGUAGUGUAUGUAUAUAAUGUAUAAACCAUAUCAUGUGCUGCAUUGUAUAUACUGAUCAUUAUUGAGAAUCAUUAUUGUUUUUAUCCUGUAUUUACUUAUGUACUAUGUGUAUGAAAUAUACAAUAAUCAAAUACUGAAAUAAAAACAAAGAAUUUAUAA